UCCGCUGGCGGCCAGAGGCUUCCAGAACAGCCCUCUCCUGAGGGAUGGCGGGGCUUUGGGGGCAGCCCGGAGGCCGCAGCCAAGGCUUACUGCACAAGGCGCCCUUCGGAGGGCGUUCUGCCUUCUCCAUCUUCUGCCCUCUUCCCAGACGGCUGGCUAAUCCCAGCGCCAGGUGGCCGAGUCCAGGUCGCUGGCAUUUUGACUGUUCCUGUGCGUAGUGGCUUGUUCGGAAGUUCCAGAGAGGAUCUGUCCCAACAGGUCCCCACUGGCUUCACGGCUGCUGCGUUCUUCCCGUCACCCGUUUCGGUUGCUCAGCUGACCGCUUUCUCUAGAAAGAUGCUGCCGCCAAGGCGCUUUUACUUCGGCAAAAUCAAGAAGUCCUGGGCCCCAGACCCAUACGAGCUAGACAGUGACCUGGCUCAGGACCCGCAUGCCAUCGUAGGAGGAAGUCCGACUGACUCUGAGUUUUCUCACCAGAGGUUUCGGAAUUUCCUCUAUGUGGAAUACGUAGGGCCCCGCAAGACCUUGCUCAAACUCCGAAACCUCUGCCUCGACUGGUUGCAGCCGGAGAUCCACACCAAGGAGGAGAUCAUCGAGCUCCUGGUCCUCGAGCAGUACCUGAGCAUCCUCCCCGCCAGGAUCCGGCCCUGGGUGCAGGCCCGGCGGCCGCAGACCUGCGAGAAGCUCGUGUCCCUCCUGGAGCUGUACAAGGAGAUGUACGAGCCGGAAGACGACAGUGACGCCCAGGGCGAAGACAACAUGAACCGGAACGGAGCAGACUUCCGCCCGCCGCGCACCCCCUAUUUCUCCACUGAGUACCGAACUGGGCGGGCUGCAGCCGCGGCUGCCAUGGCCGAAGGAGAACGGGACCGGGACUGGGACCAGGACUGGGACCGAGAGCGAGCCUGGGACAGGGACCAAGCCUGGAACCAGGCCUGGGACCGCGCCUGGGACCGCGCCUGGGACCGCGCCUGGGACCGGGGCCGGGCCUGGGAGCGCGCCCGCCUGCGGGAGCGGGAGCGCAGGGCCCGCAGCAGAGAGCUGGCCGUGCGGGAGCGCUGGCCCUACAGGAUCCUCCGGAGAGGCUUGUUCCACCGGGACCUCUCCCUGCCCGCCACGAUGGAGCGGAACAUGGCCCUGGAGAGAGGGCGCCGCCGCCGCAGCCUCAUGAUGCAGUGCGAGCUGCAGUCCCAGGACGCGAUGUCAUACGAGGACAUGGUGAAGCUGACCGAGGACCGGAAGGCUCAGAACUCCAUCAAGGACAACAUGGAGAACUACCAGAAGCUGCUCUUACUGGGGCUUCAGCUUGCCGAGGACGAUGGCCACUCCCACAUGACACAAGGCCAUUCACGGUCACAGAGAAGUGCCUACCCCAGCACCAGCCGAGGUCUGGGAGCCACGCCUGAAGCCAAGAAGUCAACCCACCGCCGUGGGAUCUGCGAGGAGGAGCCUUCGCACGGAGCCAUCAUGGAAAAGUUCAACCAGGAUGCCUCGCGCAACCCGGCGCCCGGACGGGCCAGGGAAGCCAGCGACGGGCUCCUGAGGCUCCCCAGGAGGCCAGACCUCGACCUGAACAGACAGUCCGUGAUCCAGGAGCGGGCCUGUGCCGGGAGCGCCUGUGCGGGGAGCGCCUGUGGGGGAGGGGCCUUCGAUUGUAACCCCAACCUGGUUCCCAAAAAGAGGGUUCUGGAGAGAAAGAGGCGCUAUCAGUUUGACGCCGACGCCAAGGGGUCAGGGCAGGAGCAGAGGGGCUCCCCGCGGAAGAAGCCCUUUGAGUGCAGCGACAUGAGGAAGGCCCUGAGCAUGAGCGGCCUCAGCGCCCCCGCCUCCGAGGUGCCGCCCCCCGAGUUCGCGGCCAUGCCCUACGUGUGCGACGAGUGCGGGAGGGAGUUCGCCGUCAUCUCCGAGUUCGUGGAGCACCAGAUCAUGCACACCAGAGAGAACCUCUACGAGUACGGCGAGGCCUUCAUCCGCAGCGCUUCCAUCAACCGCAGGAACGCCGCCCGGGGCAGGUGCUACGAGUGCAAGGAGUGCGGGGAGGCCUUCCACAGGAGCGCCGAGCUGGCCGAGCACUGCCAGCUGCACGCCCGGGAGCGCCAGGCCGAGGGGAAGGCCGAGAGCGAGGAGCCCUUCCUGCCCAGCCCCACCUUCAGCGAGCUCCAGAGGAUGUACGGGAAGGACAAGUUCUACGAGUGCAAGGUGUGCAAGGAGAGCUUCCUGCACAGCUCCGCGCUGGCCGAGCACCAGCAGAGAGCCCACGGCAGAGACGACAAGGAGGGCGAGGGCCCCAAGCCCGGCCCGGCCUUCCAGGAGCUGCAGCGCAUGUACGCCCUGGGGGCCAAGGAGAAGAUGUACGCGUGCAAGGUGUGCGGGGAGACCUUCCGCCAGAGCUCCUCCCUGAAGGACCACCAGAAGGCCCACUCCCGGGCCAGCCCGGGUGAGAGCAAGGGCAAGGCGGCCGAGGAGGCCUUCCUCCCCGGGCAGCCCCCGCGGCGGCGCCCGGGCUCCUUCCUGCAGGAGCAGCUCUACGGCGUGCGGGGCGCCGCGGGCGCCUACGGGCAGCCGCCCCGCUUCGGCGAGCCCCCCGCCGCGCCGCCGCGCAGCCACCUCUACGAGGGCGGGGCCUGCGGGAGCUCCGUCAUCCGCAGCGCGCCCUUCCCCGGGUCCCGGCGGAGCCACACCAUAACGAGGCCGCCCGCGGACGAGGACGAGAGGGCCUUCGCCGUCAGCUCCAACCCCGACGACAGCCAGAAGGCGUCCGUGAAGCUCCUUGGGAGGAAGCUCAACGAGAGGUCUGUCAUUCUCAGCCUGUCCUUUGCUGGAGCCCCGAAAAGUUACGGUGCCGUGGGGCCCACUUUUGCCAAACCGAAAGCGGUGGCCACAUCCACCAUUACCAGCGCCAGCGCCGCCGAGCAGAAAGCCCGUGCCGGAGAGACCUCCGAAGAGAAGAAGGACGAGAGGUCCGUCAACCACAGCGCGCCCGUCUUCAAACUUCCCAGAGUUCCCAUCGCAAGGGAAAGGCACGAGAGGGGAGGGGCCUCCAGUCUGAACGACAAGCAGCAGAAGACGUUCCUCAGAGCCAGCCCGAAGGAAAUGGACAAGAACAACAACUACCAGGACUCUGUGAUCCGCCGCGUGUCUGCUGCCGAGGCCCCGAGGAGCCUCGGCGCGGAGGGCGCCGCCGAGGUAAAGAUGGAGGGCGCCAGCGCCCCUGAGCACCAGAAGGCUCGCGCCAAGAAGAAGAACAUCGAGCGCGGGGCCUGGGAGCCCUCGGCGGUCCACCCCCUGCCCUUCGGGGAGCCGGAAGCGGUCCGCCCCCGCGAGAAGCUCUACGAGUGUCCCGAGUGCGGGGAAGCCUUUGUCCGGAGCGCUGACCUCGCGGAGCACCAGAAGACCCACCACCGGAGGAAGCCCCUGGGAAACGCCGGCUACGAGCGCUCGGUCAUCCGCAGCCUGGCCUCCGCCGCGCCCGGGACCAGCUACGCCGACCGGGCCGUGCAGGCGGGCUAUGAUCGGGAGCCAGAGGGCCUGACCUGCAUUCAGCAGCCAGGGCAGAGCAGUUUGCUGGAGCAGAUAGUGGGCAUGAGUUUCGUGAAAGAGCCCGUGCAGAGCUACGCCGAAGAGCCAGAAGGCAGGGCCUGCAUGCAGCCGCCAGAAGGCAUGACCUGCAUCCAGCAGCCGGAAGGCAUGACCUGCAUCCAGCAGCCCAGGAAGAAGAGUUUCCUCGAAGACCUGGUGGAGAUGAGCUAUGUCCAAGAGCCCGUCGAGACUUACGGUCGGCGGCCAGUGGAGCUGAUCCACGCCCUGCAACCAGGGGGGAGGAGCGCCAUCCAACAGCCGGCACAGACGAGCCAUCCCCGACAGCCCAUGGGAAUGAGCCGUGCCGAACAGCCAGCGCCGACAAGCUACGCCCCACGCCCAGUGCCAGGGUGCAAGGACUGUGGGCAGUGCUUCGCUGCCACCGAGGCCCUCGGCCCGCAUCAGAAAAUCUACGCCUGCGAGGAGUUCCACGGAGGCUCUGUCGUGCGGGGCGCAGGCCGUGGCAGGUCAGAGUACGAAGAGCCGGAAGAGGAGGAGGAGGAAGAUUCUGAAGACUCAAUCUACGGCUGUAAGGACUGUGGGUUGGGCUUCGCAGACCGGGCCGACCUGAAGGACCACCAGAAAGUCCACGGCAGAGAGUACCUCGUGGACACGCGCGAGUACGCGCAGUCCGUCGCCCACACCCACUCCGUCAGCGAGUACCAGCGGGAGAACACCGGCGAGCAGCUCUUCGAGUGCCCGGCCUGCGGCGAGUCCUUCGUCCACAGCUCCUUCCUCUUCGAGCACCAGAAAGUGCAUGAGCAAGACCCCUACUACGGCCACCAGAGAUACAGCGAGCCAUUCCUGCACCCCUUCAUCAGCCCCCAGAGGUUCCGGGCCCCCCAGGCCGGUCCCCCAGGCCUGUACCUUCAGUGCCACGUGUGCGGGCAGGAUUUCAUCCACGGCUCCGCCUUCAACGAGCACCUGGCCCUCCACGCGGGAGCGGGCUCCCAGGAGCAGGCCCCGAGGGGCAGCGCGGCCGCCAGCGCGGCCGCCAGCGCGGGCCUGGCCUUCGCCCAGCUGCAGAGAAGCCAGGAGGAGAGGCGCCACCAGUGCGCCGUGUGCGGAGAGGCCUUCCCCAGCCGGGCCGCCCUGCGGGAGCACAGGAAGGUCCACGAGAAGGAUGCCGAGCCCUACGACUACGGGGCUUCCUUCGUGCACACCUCGUUCCUCACCGAGCCCCCCAAGGGGGUCUCCCCGUUCUUCGAGUGCAAGGACUGUGGCCAGUCCUUCAUCCACAACACGGUGCUCCCCAGCCACCAGAAGUCCCACGAGGACGAGGAGGAGGAGCAAGCGGCAGCCGCCCCGCAGGUGGAAGCCAACGUGCUCAUUCCUCGCCAAGUCCUGCGCAUCCAGAGCUCCCACGUGGAGGCCGCGGAGCCGGAAGUGGAGGCCGCCGAGCCCACUGUGGAGGCCGCCGAGCCCACUGGAGAGGCCGAGGGGCCAGAGGGGGAGGCCGCGGAGCCCGACGGCGAGGCCGAACAGCCCGACGGCGAGGCCGAACAGCCGCACGGGGAUGCCGACGAGCCGGACGGCGUGGGAAUCGAAGACCCCGAGGAGAGAGGGGAGGAGCUGGAGGGGAAGGCCGAAGAGCCCGAGGAGGACGCCGACGAGCCGGAUGGCGCAGGAUUCCAAGACCCGGAGGAGGAGGAAGACGACGAUGACGACGACGACGACGACGACGACGAUGACGACGAAGAGAUCCAGGUUGAAGAGCCAUACUACGACUGCCGGGAAUGCGGAGAAACCUUCACCACCACCUCGGCCUACGGGGACCACCGCCAGACCCACGGCCGCGUGAUCAUCUUUGAGUCUGGAAACGGCUUCGGGGAGAGCACCCACCCUGCCGGGCACGCCAGCGCCAGCGCCAGCACCAGCACCAGCACCAGCACCAGCACCCACGGCAGCGACAAGCCUGACGACAAGGCCUUCAAGUGUGACGUCUGCGGCCAGCUCUUCCACGACCGCCUCUCCCUGGCCCGGCACCAGAACACCCACACCGGCUGAGAGCGGGGAGGUCAGCAAGCCGCCCCUUCCUUAGGACCUGCCCUCCAGAACUCACCGCAACCCACACACGUCAGGACACUGAGCUCAGCCCGGACACUCUGACUCAACAGCCCGGAUGGAGAGGAACCGAGGAGGAGGCGGCGGUUCCAUUGGUCUGAACUCCCCCGGCACACUCCAGUGCGCGCAUGCGGGGAAGCCACAGCACACCCUUCCCUUUCAUCCUAGUGGUCAGCGUGAGGGACAGUCCUAGGCGGCCGGAGACUACAGAAAUAGCCCCAACCAAAUACUUCUGUGCCCUACCUGUCCUCUUCCUGAGCUGUACAUAUCAUAGCAAAUCGUAGCCAACAGUGGUCACAGGAACUUGGACUUCACGACACCAGAGUUACAGUUUACCGUGCAGAGAUACCUCCGUGGUACACUUCCGUCUUCUUGGGAUGAGGAAAUGAGCACCAUACUCCAGAUACCUUCGUUCCUGUGAAAGCUUUCUUGUGCAUUAUUUUCACCCCUUGAGUAUCUCCUUGAGAAACUGUGUUGUUCCCUUACCCUGAAAUACUCCUGUAAGGUGUAGGCAUGCAAGACACAUGGCCUUUCCUCUGUGCUGAUUGAGAAGAGACGUUCUCUGAGCUUCCUUCUCGGCCAUCAUGCCUGCACCAGCUCCUUGGCACCUGACGCUGUAAAGCCUUUUGCGACCUGUGGAUUGACCCUUUGUGACCCCCGUCGACCCCUUGCCACACUACCUCGCAGUGAUCCUCAUGCAGACAUACUGUGAGCAUGUGUGUGUGUUUAGCCGACUUAAUGUGUGCGCGCUACUGAGUCCCCAAACUCCCAGCCUUUCCCCGUGCACCUUGCUGCUUUGCCUUUGAGAGAGUGGGCUGCAGCCAUCACUAGAUCACGCCAGUGCCUACCGAGGGCGGAACCGCGAGCAGAGCCUCGGGCUGUGAAUGCGGCGCCGGUGACGGCUGUCGCUGCUCUGGGCGCGCUUCCUGCCAUAAGUGAUGAGGAGCAGCACGCACCCCGAGCUUUCUCUUACCGCCCCCUUCCUGACCUCACCCGCCCGACCCUCAGCCCCCGCCCCUGCCUCUUUUCUUUUCCUUUUUUUCUUUUCUUUUCUUUCUUUUUUUUUUUUUUUUUUGAAAGAAGAGCUUUCUUUACAGUCAACCUAAGCUUAACAUGGACUCAGGUUCCCAGCAGCCUUAAUUUGUUUUGUUACCAGCCGUUCUGCCUGCUUUCGCCCCUCCCCCAGGACUUCGGAGCCACCCGUCAUUAGUGCCCGGUUGGUCUGAUGCCCAUCAGUUCCAGACCGACCUCACAGCUCGUGGUUCCCGUGUCGUCUUCUGUGGACCACGUGCUCCUUUUGCUUCCCCUCCCCCUCGCGUCACGACUAUUGAGAUUUUUCUUUUUUUUCUUUUUUUUUUUCUUUUUUUUUUCUCUUUUUUUUUUUCGGCUUUGAGUUGACUGGAAAAAUAAUUUGAAAAUUUGGGAAAAAAAAUUCGAAAGUGGAUCUGAUGAAGAAGUGAACAAAGGAUAAGAGCAGAAUGAUUUGAGAAAGAACAUGCCCAUACUUUGUUUGGGAAAAUGUGCCCAGAUCUCACGCUCCUCCAUCUGCGUGGUCAGGGCUAGAGGAGAGGGUGUCAGAUCCGCAGGGAGCGCCCCAGUCCAGAGAGGUGGCGAGACUGAGGGCGCAGAGGGGAAGGAGUAAGCCAAAGAAGGGAGUCCUUACCCAGCAGCAGACCUGGCAGGGUGAGGACCCGGACAGAGGGAAACAUCUGGACUGGAUUGGAAGGCCGGGCCACUGAGGAUGCGGCCUGGGCAGCUUAGAAGGGGGCCAUCUGGAGGGCAUGUCAUCGGCGAGGGCCCGCUGCAUAAAAAAAAAGGCCGGAGGUUGGAACGGGCAUCCGGGAGCAGCAAGGCCCUGGAGAAGGGAGCCAUGGCCAACACUGGGGUGAACUUGGGUUCCUCCCCGUUGGCAGCAUCCAUCGGUGGCUCCUUCUCGGAAAGCCACUCGCCAAACGUCAGGGUGUCCGUUCCAGCCUCGUGCUAGUGAGAACUUAGGAACAACCUCGAUGCCAAAAGAUAGAGCAAUUAAGUGAGCGUAUCUGAUUCUCGCUCAGCUGUUUUAAAAAAGAUAAUCAUGCAGAGUUAUGUAGUAGCGUGGAAAUAUAUUUACAGAAUAUUAAGUGGAAAAAGCAGGAUACAGAAUUAUAUUUAUACUGCAAUUAUAACUGUUUAAAAACGUACGCUUUUAGUCAACAGCUGCUGUGUUGUUGUUGUAGGCUUCUAGUUGAGCAUUAUUUUUCUUAAAUUCCUUGAUGUUCUUAACGGUAGUGUUACUAAAAAGUUUAUAGUCACCUCUCCAUUGUGAACAAAAUUGGUACUCAUUAUCAAAUACCUGGAAAAUAAAAGUGGAGGAAAAAAACAGACCAUAUUCCCACCGUCCAAAGACAGAUCCACCCUUUAAUAUAUCGUUUCUUAUUUCUGUGCACAGUUUAUGAUUAGAACCGUGUCGAAACGUGUAUUCAAAGUUGAUUUCUAUUACCCUUGUUUUCAAAUGUUCCUUAGUAAUAGUGAUCUGAUUAAAAAAAAAAAAAAGUUUAUUAUGCCUCUGUCACAAGCAUAAUACAUACCCAGAGGAAAAAAAUUGGAAGAUACAAUUAGAAAAGAAAAAACAAAUUAGAAAAGAAAAAACAUCACUCAUGUUCCCAACACCUGACUAUCUGGAUCUGUUUCCUCCAUCUUGUCCCAGUGCACAAACGUGUGGUGAAUGUUGACCAUGUAAGCAUCCAGUCUUCAGUGAGAAAAAGCGUGGAGAUUCAUUAACAUAGUGUUGUUGUUGUGGAAUUAAUGGUUCAAUAUUCUGUCUCAAAUCCCUUGGGUGAUCUUUGGUGUUUUGCUAUUAAAUCUUAUGUAUGUAUUUUCCCAUUGCAAAUAUAAUACUCAGAAUUUGGGGGAAUUCAAUCAAAUAGAAAAGAAUCCACCCAUAUUCCCAGCACCUAACAGCUCCUACUAACAUCUGUCUGUGCACCAGUCUGUGAUUGUUAGGGCGUUAAUGAUAAGUAUGCAUAGAGUCAAAGAUGGGAAGAAAUGUGGAGGGUCGUUAAGAAAUAGUGGUGUGGUUGUGGGAUUACGGUGAAGAGUUUUGUCUUGGUCUCCUUGAAGGAUCUUGAUCAUGGUGUCUUGGUAAUCCACCUUUAUUCCAUAUAUUUCCAUUGUAAACGCAGAAGGUGUUCAUCAUAGAAGCUUGGAAGUUGCAGAAAUGUAGAAGAGAUAACACCCAUAUUUCCAUCAUCCAAAGAGUGUGGUUAACAUCUUGAUAUGUUUUUUCCAUCUUGUUUCUGUGCACAGGUUUUUGAUUUAAUAUGGUUGUGGUUCUUAUAUCUAUCUGUAAUAGUAUCAAUAAAAAUAAAGUUAACAAUAA